ACGAACACGAAGGCAGAGUAGUUGCAAGUGACGGCGGCCACGCCGAAGAAGCGCGAGUGCGAGCACACAUCGUUUAUAGAAAACGUUAAUGUCGAAUUUCCGCGCUGAUUAUUGUGUUAAAUUUGAUAAUAUCAGUGAGUGACUCCCGUUAAAACCCGGCUUUUUCACAGCUGGUGAAAAUGGCGUCCGACGAGGAAGUUGACGAAAAUUAUGCGGGAGAAGAUGAUUUAGAGGAAUCAAGUGGACCAGUGGCUAAGGUUGGACAACAAAUUGACGGUUCUUCCGAUGCCGAAGAAUCUCAACGACAGGAGGAAGAUGACGAUUAUGAGCCGGAAGAGCGAAAAAAGAAGAAAGGAAAGAAGCGAAAAGCGAGGAGUGAAGACAAGAAGGGCAAGAAGAAAAAGAAAAAGAAAAAAUCCGACUCUGGCGACGAGAGCGAUUUCGGCGGAGGAGACAAUGCAGACGUGGCGGGUGAUGACAGCGAUUUUGCUAGUAAUCAAAAGAGCAGGAAAUCAUCAUCGAGAAAAUCGUCGAGCCACAAUACUUCAUCGGCUGCUCAAAGUCAAGAGCCAUCAACGGGAAUGCCGACAAUCGAUGAAGUUUGCAAUACAUUUGACUUGACUGACGUACAUAUCGAUUAUUCGGAUGCUGAUUUUCAAAAUUUAACCACGUACAAACUGUUUCAACAGCACGUUAGGCCUCAUUUAAUAAAAGAAAAUCCCAAAGUACCAAUGUCGAAGCUUAUGAUGUUGGUAGCCGCUAAAUGGAGAGAUUUCUCCGAAAUGAAUCCGCACACACAGCCGGAAGUUGAAGUGUCGUCUGGUAAUUUAGAGGAGGAAUGCAAACCAACAAGAUCGAGUCGUGGAGCAGUGGCACAAGAGCCAGAUGACGAUGAUGAGGACGAGGAGGACAGUGAAUUUUAUAAGCGAAAAUCACGAGGAUCACGCGCCCGAAAGGGGAAAAAGGCGUCGAAAGUUCCCACUCUCAAGAUUAAACUUGGAAAACGCAAACGAGCCAGUUCUGAUGAGGAAAUUGAGAACGCAAGUGCGGGAUCUUUGCGCGACUCUGACAUGGAAUUUGAGCAGAUGAUCGCGGAUGAUGAGCCAGCGACGGAGGGCAGCACAAAGGGCGCCGAGGAGGCGAGUGUCGACCCACCGGCCGAUCCGCCAGUUCGUAGAAAGGCGAAGACAAAGAUUGGCAAUAAGAGCAAAAAGAAAAAGAAGACGAAAACAACGUCGAAAUUCCCGGAUGGAGAGACUGAUCAUCAGGAUUAUUGCGAGGUCUGUCAACAAGGCGGUGAGAUUAUUCUCUGCGACACUUGUCCAAGGGCUUACCAUCUUGUUUGUCUUGAACCCGAAUUGGAGGAAACUCCCGAGGGAAAAUGGAGCUGUCCCCAUUGCGAAGGAGAAGGUGCAGCGGAAGAUGACGACGAACACAUGGAAUUCUGUCGCGUUUGCAAGGACGGCGGUGAAUUAUUGUGUUGUGACAGUUGCACAAGUGCGUAUCACAUUCAUUGUCUGAAUCCCCCACUAUCAGAAAUACCUGAUGGCGAUUGGAAAUGUCCACGUUGUUCCUGUCCACCGAUUUAUGGUAAGGUGCAAAAAAUUCUCACCUGGAAAUGGAAGGAAUGCACCGAAACACCAUCCGAGGAGCCAUCGACAAGUAAAGCAGCGCCAAAAGUUCACAAAACACGUGAAUAUUUCGUGAAAUGGUCAGAAAUGUCCUACUGGCAUUGCGAUUGGAUAUCCGAAUUACAACUCGACGUAUUCCAUCCUCUCAUGUUUAGAAAUUACAUUCGAAAAUAUGACAUGGACGAACCGCCGAAACUCGAGGAACCAUUGGACGAGAGCGAUACACGUUACAAGCGACUUCAAAAUCAAGAGGGACAAAAUCAACGUGAAGAAUUCAAUCUCGAGGAGCGUUACUACAGGUACGGAGUACGUCCCGAAUGGUUGAUUGUCCAUCGUGUCAUCAAUCAUCGAUUGCAGAGAGACGGUCGCGCGACUUACUUGGUCAAGUGGCGUGAAUUGGGUUACGAUCAAGCGACAUGGGAGGAGGACAGCGACGAUAUUCCCGGUCUGAAGCAAGCAGUGGAGUAUUAUUUGGAUCUUAGAAACGCAAUUUGCGGCGAUGGUUCUUCAUCGUCGCGGAAGGGAAAGAAGGGCAAGGGAAAGAAGUCAAAGACACGGGAGAUUAUCGACGACGAGGAGAAGGCACCGAAACGUUAUACACCACCGCCCGAUAAGCCGACAACGGAUCUGAAGAAGAAAUACGAACGACAACCGGAUUAUCUCGAUCAAACUGGAAUGCAACUUCAUCACUAUCAACUCGAGGGUUUGAAUUGGUUGAGGUACUCCUGGGGUCAGGGAAUCGACACAAUUCUUGCCGAUGAAAUGGGUCUCGGUAAAACGAUCCAAACAAUCACAUUCCUCUAUUCUUUGUAUAAGGAAGGACAUUGUAAGGGACCUUUUCUAGUUUCCGUUCCCCUAUCGACAAUCAUUAACUGGGAACGUGAAUUUGAGACCUGGGCUCCUGAUUUCUACUGUGUCACAUAUGUCGGCGAUAAGGACAGUCGUAUCGUAAUUCGUGAGAAUGAAUUGGCUUUUGAGGAGAACGCUACUCGAGGGGGGAGAGCGACGAAAAUUCGUUCGGCGAACAUUAAGUUCAAUGUACUGCUGACGAGUUAUGAAUUAAUUUCGAUAGACUCGGCGUGCUUGGGUUCGAUCGAUUGGGCAGUGCUGGUUGUUGACGAGGCGCAUCGUUUGAAAUCGAAUCAGUCGAAGUUCUUCCGACUCCUAGCCUCUUAUAAUAUUGCCUAUAAAUUAUUGUUGACCGGUACACCAUUGCAGAAUAAUUUGGAGGAAUUGUUUCAUCUUUUGAAUUUCCUGUGUCGGGAUAAAUUCAACGAUUUGUCCGCUUUUCAGAAUGAGUUCGCCGAUAUUUCGAAGGAGGAGCAGGUGAAGAAGCUACAUGAGAUGUUGGGACCUCACAUGCUGAGGAGAUUGAAGGCAGAUGUGUUGAAGAAUAUGCCGAGUAAAUCGGAAUUCAUUGUGAGAGUUGAAUUAUCGCCGAUGCAGAAGAAAUAUUACAAGUAUAUUUUGACGAGAAACUAUGAGGCAUUGAAUCCAAAGGGUGGGGGACAGCAGGUGUCGUUGUUGAAUAUUAUGAUGGAUUUGAAGAAGUGUUGUAAUCAUCCGUACUUGUUUCCGGCAGCGUCGCAGGAGGCGCCUACGGGACCGAAUGGAAAUUAUGAGACGUCGGCGUUGAUAAAGGCGGCGGGGAAACUUGUUUUGUUGAGUAGAAUGUUGACGAAGUUGCGUGUCGAUGGACAUAGAGUGCUGAUAUUCUCGCAGAUGACGAAAAUGUUGGAUAUUCUUGAGGAUUAUUUGGAGGGCGAGGGUUAUAAGUAUGAGAGGAUUGAUGGUAAUAUUACUGGUACACAGAGACAAGAGGCUAUAGAUAGAUUUAAUGCUCCUGGUGCACAGCAGUUUGUAUUCCUGCUCUCGACACGUGCCGGAGGUCUAGGAAUCAAUUUAGCAACAGCUGACACUGUGAUAAUUUACGAUUCCGAUUGGAAUCCGCAUAAUGACAUUCAAGCGUUUAGCAGAGCUCAUAGAAUUGGUCAGGCGAAUAAGGUGAUGAUCUAUCGAUUUGUCACGAGGAAUUCGGUUGAGGAACGUGUCACGCAAGUUGCUAAGCGUAAAAUGAUGUUGACCCAUUUGGUGGUGAGACCGGGAAUGGGAGGAAAGGGUACGAACUUCAGCAAGCAGGAAUUGGAUGAUAUUCUGCGAUUUGGUACCGAGGAGCUGUUCAAGGAAGAGGAGGGAAAGGAGGAUGAGGCUAUUCAUUAUGAUGACAAGGCGGUGGCGGAACUUUUGGACAGGAGUAAGGAGGGUAUUGAGCAGAAGGAGAACUGGGCCAAUGAGUACUUAAGCUCGUUCAAGGUCGCCUCGUACGUGACGAAGGAGGGAGAGACGGAGGAAGAGGCCGACACGGAGAUCAUCAAGCAAGAGGCUGAGAAUACUGAUCCGGCUUACUGGAUUAAAUUACUGAGGCAUCAUUACGAGCAGCAGCAGGAGGACAUCGCGAGAACUCUAGGAAAGGGAAAACGUGUUCGUAAACAAGUGAAUUAUAACGACGGAGGCGUCACUGGGGAUCAGGGAGCGAGAGAUGAUCAACCCUGGCAGGAGAAUCUUUCCGAUUAUAACAGCGACUUUAGUGCACAGAGUGACGAUGAUAAGGAGGACGAUGACUUUGAUGAGAAGGGCGAGGGCGAUUUACUCUCACGUCGCAGUAGGCGUCGCCUCGAGAGGCGUGACGAGAAAGAUCGUCCACUGCCUCCACUUCUUGCUCGGGUCAAUGGAAACAUCGAGGUUCUUGGAUUCAAUGCGAGGCAGAGGAAGGCUUUUCUCAAUGCAAUCAUGCGUUAUGGAAUGCCGCCGCAGGACGCUUUCAAUUCGCAGUGGUUGGUGCGGGAUUUGCGUGGGAAAUCUGAGAAGAACUUCAAAGCCUACGUCUCGUUAUUUAUGCGUCAUCUCUGUGAACCAGGUGCUGAUAAUGCGGAAACAUUCGCUGACGGGGUACCACGUGAGGGUCUCAGUCGUCAACACGUUUUGACCAGAAUUGGUGUCAUGUCACUGAUUAGAAAGAAAGUUCAGGAAUUCGAACACAUUAACGGUUAUUAUUCAAUGCCGGAAAUGAUAAGAAAACCAGUGGAACCGGUGAAAAAUGUAGAGUCUAGUGAUGCCACGGCUGCUGCUGCAACUUCUGCUGCCACAGGAACAAGUAGCACCAGUGCAACUCCCGCCACUUCGAAUGCGCCAAGUCCAAGUCCGGCUGCAACUCCAACGCCAAAUAAUGCCACGCCGGUUGUUAAUAAUGACACGAAAAUGGAAACAGAGACAAAGGACGCCAAGGAUGAGGCUAACGAUAAAAAGUCGGCUGAAACGAAGGACGUGAAGGAGGAGGACAAGGAAAGUAAGGAAUCGAAGGAAGAUGAUGCGACAUCAGCCGAGAAGGAUAAGGAAAAAGAGAAGGAAAAGGAGAAAGAAGGUGCGGACGUAAAGAAAGAGGGUGAAGACACAGCAAUGGAUACGAAUGAAAAUGAUAAGGACAAGGAGAAGGAGAAAUCAGAGGGUGUUAAGGAUGAAAAAUCGCCAGCUAAGCCGGAAGAAAAGACGGAGAAUGCUGAUGCUAAACCCAAAACGGAAACAGAGGAAGAUGUCGUUAUUGUGAAAGACGAUGAAGAAGAGGGCGAAAAGAAAGACGAGAAAGACACUAAAGAGAAGGAAACAAAAGAAGCUGAAGCGGAAGUGAAGCCGAAACGUAAAUUCAUGUUCAAUAUUGCCGACGGUGGAUUCACAGAAUUACAUACAUUGUGGUUGAAUGAAGAAAAAGCUGCUGUACCUGGACGAGAAUACGAGAUCUGGCAUCGAAGACACGAUUAUUGGCUUCUUGCCGGAAUCGUCACGCACGGCUACGGUCGUUGGCAAGAUAUUCAAAAUGAUAUUAGAUUCGCGAUUAUCAAUGAGCCCUUCAAGAUGGAUGUUGGCAAAGGCAAUUUCCUCGAAAUAAAGAAUAAAUUCCUUGCCAGACGAUUCAAACUUUUAGAGCAAGCUUUGGUUAUUGAAGAACAACUCAGAAGAGCUGCGUAUUUGAACUUGACACAGGAUCCAAAUCAUCCGGCGAUGAGUUUGAAUGCAAGGUUCGCUGAGGUUGAAUGUCUUGCCGAGUCACAUCAGCAUCUCAGCAAGGAGAGUCUUGCUGGUAAUAAGCCCGCAAACGCCGUUCUUCAUAAGGUGCUAAAUCAAUUGGAGGAAUUGCUCUCUGACAUGAAGUCAGAUGUGAGUCGAUUGCCAGCAACUUUGGCGAGAAUUCCACCAGUUGCUCAACGUCUCCAAAUGUCGGAGCGUUCAAUUUUGAGUCGUUUAGCUGCAACGGCUCCAGGCGGCAGUAAUACACAAUCCGGACAAGCGGCAUUAUUGGCUCAACAAUUCCCAGCUGGCUUCCCCAGUGGACAAUUGCCAGCCUCAUUUGCUGGUGCAGCUAAUUUUGGUAAUUUUAGGCCAAAUUACGCUGUUCCUGGUCAAGCACCACAAGGUUUCACGGCUUGAACUUAUUUAUCGGAGCAGCAGCAGCAGCAGCUCAAGAGAGGAAAACUCAAUGGCGCAGACGACAUUCCCACCUGAAUAAAAUGCGCUGUAAUAUUAUUUUUCGUAAAUUACAAUUUCUAGCUGAAUUUUCACUAGAUAAGGAUCUAAGGUUAAUUAAGCAAAAAAAAAUAAUAAUUAAUAAUAAUAAAUCGCUAAAUAUAAUAUCGUAUGCUAAGAAAAGGAAGGAAUCACAUACAUUUCUUGUAUUUAUUAUGUGUACAUUCGUCGUCCGAGAAUAACGUGAUUAUCAUGUUUUUGUUUUUUUGUAUCGGAUUUAAAGGCGGGUUCGUUAAAAUGCAGGUCACCUUUUGUUUUUUUUUUAUAAUCGAGAGGAUCGCGAUUUUUUUUUAUAUCCUUUUGGACAUUCGACGUCUGCAUUAUAAUUCAUAAUUCUAACUAUAGCAACAAUUUAUAAUUAAGAAACAUUUUUACUUAAAUUUAUUUAAGAAAAACUCGCACAUUUAUAUUCGUUGGGACUUGUCAGUUAAAUGAAUUAAUAAUUGAUUUUUAUUGAUAAUAUAAUUUAUUUGUCGAUUUUUCAAAUAGCAGGUUUUUUCUUUUACUCAUUUUUCGUUAAUUAAUUAAUUAAUAAAUAAAUAAUUCAUUGCCAUUUUAUGGCAAAAAUAGAAAAAGUUUACGAUACUUGUUUAUAUGUUAUUUAAAAAAAAAGAAAAAAUGCCUUGAAUAAUUUUUAAUUAAGACUGAUGCUUAAUUAAAGUAUCGAAUCAAAUUUUUUAUAUUUAAAAAAAAAAUACCUGCAACAAAACGAAGAAAGCACAGUUUUUUUUGUGCUCUAAAAAUUUUUUUAAACAAGUGUCGAGAAUGGAUAUUAAAAAGAAACACACACACACUACACACUCACAUAUACACAAAAAAAAUGGGAUUUUUUUUUAAACUUGAUGUGUGCUCUAUGAAACGAGAGCAAAAGAAAAUUUUGGAAUAGAAAUAAGUUUUUAAAAAUCUUCUUUUUUUGGAGAGGAUUUUAGCUUGCAUUUGUGAGAGAGCAUCACUAUUAGUGUUUUUAUUUUGUUUUUUAAAAAACUGGACGAGAGAAUGUUGGGCGAAAAAGAAAACUACAAUCAAGUACAUUUGAUUAAUAAAAUAUAGUAAACACAGGUAAAGAAAAAAAUAAAAUAAAAAAAAAAAAGUUUGGAGACAAUUUUCAAAUGCUUAUUAAGGCGCAAAUUAUUUCUCUGUAAUAUGUAAAGUUUAAUAUAAAAAAAAAAUGGUAAAGGGGAUUUUUUAUGACAUUUCUAUUUACACCUCUUUCGAAUGACUAUCAUUCAUUAAAUAUUUGUUCUUGAGCAAAAUGCAGCGAUAUUCGUACAUGUAUCUAGAUUAUUCGGUGCGCUCUGACUUAAUUUUUAUUUCACAUCUACCAAACUCUGUACAUACACAAUGUGUUGCACUGGAAACUCUGAAAUAUAAAUGUUAAACUGAAAA